GACGUGAAGGAGCGCAGCAAGUCCUGCAAAGGUGCGGUGCACGUCAAGGGCUCCCCUGGCAUCAAGGACGUCUAUACGUGCUGGGCGGCUGUCCGCGAGCAGUGCGAUGGCGACACGCGCUUCGAUUUCGACGCCACCAAGGGCGCUUGCCGAUGCACGCACACGAACUGCAAAGACACGAUCGAGGACAGCACCUCCAACAUCUACGAGGUGUGCGAGGCCUGCCCGGCGAUCUAUGCGCAAGACAGGUCCUGCAGGGAGAAGAAGCACGUCUCCGGCUCGCCCGGUAUUCGCGACUCCCAGGCCUGCCUCGACAAGGUGCGCAAGGAAUGCCCAGAAAGUCGCUUCUUCGCCUUCCGCGCCAGCGACGACUCCUGCCUCUGCGGCGGCGAGGAGGAGCCGAGCUGCAGUCGCUGGGAGGAGAACGCGGGCUUCAACAUCUACUCUGUCUGUGGGGCAUCGCACAGCGUCCCCAGCAAGAUCGAGUGGAAGCUGCUCUUCCGACAGACCUUCCCUCAAGUGUUUGAGGAAGACAUGUGGUCCGUGAAUGCAAACGAUCCGAAGGCCGACAACUUCGCAGUGUUGGACCAGUUGGAAUCUUUCCGAAUCGAUGGAGCAUUCACCUUCAAGCUGCGUUGGCCCAGUGAGAUGAAGGAUCAGAUCUGGAGGCAGACGUCGAAUCCGGUCAUCUCCGAGGGCAAGGUCGAAGGCUACGAAGCUGUGGACGCUCCCUACAACGCCAACGGCUGGGGUGGCCUGCGACAUGGCAAGGGCAAGUCGCUCUUGGAUGGGUCGGCCAACAUGGAUCCCAGCUACUGGUACUAUGCCGUUGGCGCCACCCAAGAGUGGCGCGGAGGCUUCCCUGGCCCAGAAGGUCCCGUGAAGCAGGUAGAGCUCUGGGUCCGAGCGCCAACCGACGAGGUGUGCUGGGCUCCGAAGAAGUCGAAGGGCUACCUUGUGACGGAGAUUGCGCUGGAGCGAAACAUCUUCCGCGUGAACGUCGCGUGCGACGAGGAGAAAGACUACGAGGGCACGGCCCGGGCUGUGGCAUGUGAGGGCGGCAAGGACAUCCGCUACAAGCUGAAGGGCUGCUAUGCCAAGGGACAGGAGCGUACCGAGGGCUGCCAUCCGACCUGCGCGACCUGCACUGGCCCAGCGAAAAAUCAGUGUGCUUCGUGCACCGGCAAGCGCUUCCUGGCAGUGUCCACCUGCGUGACCGAGUGUCCUUCUGGUCGAUUUCCGAUCGAAGACCCGGACAACGGGAACAAGUGCGUGGACAGCACCACGACGCCAGUUCCCAAGGAGGAAGAGCUCGACUGGAUUGUCAAGCACAACAUCAACUGGACCAUUCACCAAGGCCAGAGUUGCAGCGUGGACCUUGCAAUUGGCAGCGACCGCAGUGGCACCUCCAGCGACGCCUGCACACGGCUCUGCGCUCUCAACAGUCGCUGCGUCGCUGUGUCCACGAUCCUCCAGAACACAAAGAUCACGAAGUGCCGGCUCUUCUCCAGCUGCGAGGAUCUGCAAGAAGAGGACGACGCGAACACCUACGCGAAGGUCACUACCACAACCACCACUACGGCACCACGUUUCAAGUGGCUGGAAGUCGGCCCGGGCAAAUGCACGGACUCCUCCGGGCGCUCGAUCAAGGCCGCUCUCCCAAGCAAAGCUGUGGCACAGCGGGCCGCCGCCAGCACGACCACGACUACAGCCGCACCUGAGUGGCAGUAUCUGGCCAACAGCUACGGAACCGACCUUCUCGCGCUGCUGAAGGGCCCCAAAACCAGCAGCGGAAAGACUGAGAUCUCCAUCCUCAGCGCCAACUCCUACUACAUGGAGGAGAUAGCGCACUACGCCACUGCGCUUCCCUACACUGGCAGCCCUUGGUGGCAGUUCGGUGUGAAGGGCAAUGGCGACCUCGUGGCAAUACAGACGGGGCCCAGGAGGACCAUGUAA